AUGACCGGAACAUCAACCGUUGAAUGCCAACAGCUGAUUGAUGUUGCUGGUCCACAUCAUAGCAAGAAACUCGUUGGCGUUUCGUCAUCGCGAAGCUACGUUUUAGAGGCGACUUUUCACGUCAACUAUACGGGUCAAGUCAGAGAUGUUCUUCGUUCACUGCGGAAUGCGAAGCAGGUGAAACCACAUCGGAUGCUUUGAGAGAUCGCCAGGGUGUGAGGGAACUAAAACAGAGGUGCUUCGUUGUCGACAGGCGAGAAGAAGACCGGUGAGAAGAAGCUUAGGGAGGGCCUCCCUGAUUGGACGCCGUACAUUCCGCAUCGUGUGUACACGCCUUCUGUGCGAAAACUCAUCGAAUUAGUGAUCACACUCUACACGAUCUUUUUCCAUUUUCUGGGCGGUAUGGCAACUCUAUCGGCAUGUUGAUUUUAUACGAGCGUACAUUCAACCUGUCAUUGAUGCCUUGAAAUAUCAUGUGGAGCUCAUGGACAAGUGUAUUCAGUUUUAAACAAGUUGUUUGAGGAGAUGACAGAUCAGUGGCUUGCUUAUAUCAAACCAGGAUAUGUCAUCCUUUCCUCUUUUGCCUCACCCCUUGAUUGCUGUGGGACGCCGAGGUGUGGUCAGUGGGCUACAGCAUUUCCCUAUCUAUUGCAGUUGCAUUUCAACCGCUUUACCACCUCUUUGAGCCACUCUUUAAAUUAAUUUAUCUGCUCUUUAUAAAGACACCUUACACCAUCUUCCAGCCAGCUUUCUCUUUAGGAGCAAAGUGUUUUUCAUUGUUCUACGAUGCUGUCCUUUGCCGCAUUCUUUUGGCACAGUUUAGUAAUAUCAAACGUUCAUUUUGCUGGUUGGUUGAAAUUCUGGAAAAGAGCAUGAAGUUUGAUCCACUCAAAGCACAGCUAAUUCUCAUGAGAUCAACUGUCAUCAACAGUGGUAAAGCUCUUAGUCUUGGCUUGGUUUAUAUCUUUAAAACUAUUGAACGACGGGUGUGGUUAAUGAUUGCAAGGCCAGUUGAAGACAAG